CCAGGACGCAGGGCGUGACGCGUCGGGGGCGGGGCCGCGCGCUGCUCUCGCGAGCUGUCAAGGUCGAAGGGAUCCGAAAAUGGCGCCGCGCGAGCCUGGCAGUGGUAUCGACUUGGUACGCUGGGCUCUGGCCCUGCUCCUCGCUCUGUGCGUGGAAAGGGGCCUGGCGCUACCGGAGGUAUGCACCCAGUGUCCGGGGAGUGUGCAAAAUUUGUCACAAGUGGCCCUUUAUUGUAAUAACUCAUCAAACCUAACGCUGCAAGCCCGCUGCUGCACGAAUUGGAAGGGCACCAUCUUGGGGCUGGAUCUCCACAACUGUUCUCUGGAGGAUCCUGGUCCAAACUUUACUCAGGCAUAUACUGCUGUUGUCAUAGACCUUCAGACAAACCCCCUGAAGGGUGACUUGGGCAACACCUUCCGUGGCUUUACACAGCUUGACACUCUGGUACUGCCAAGAGCUGUUAAGUGUCCUGGAGGUCAUAAUGCCUGGGAAAAUGUGAGCUUUAGUACAAGCAACAGAAUCUGCCAAGGGCAAAAGAACCUUUGCAAUAGCACUGGGGAACCAGAAAUGUGUCCUGAAAAUGGAUCUUGUCUGCCUGACGGUCCUGGUCUCUCACAGUGUAUUUGUACUGACGGCUUCCACGGGUACAAGUGUAUGCGCCAGGGCUCCUUCCCGCUGCUUGUGUUCUUCGGGAUUCUGGGCUCCACCACAUUGUCCAUUUCCCUCCUGCUUUGGGGAACUCAACGCCGAAAAGCCAAGACUUCAUGAAUCAAAUAAGGCUUCCUAUUGGUCGGCGAUCAUCCUGAUCAGUCGUAGCCCAGCCAGGGAGAUUCGCUUCCCUGACAGGCAUCAUUGGGCGGUAGCACCUUCUCAAGGCUGAGGCAGCUUUGGAAGGAAGACGGAAAACUGUACCACCCUGGAUAUUGUGGACACUCAGGGCCACAAGUGGACCAGGACAGUCAUCAUCUGUGCUGUGGACUACAAUAAACACUUGGUUUUUUC